AAUGCGCUGUUGGUCACUAAUCUACUGACCGUUGGGGGCGGGGCUGCGGAUGACGAGUCACUGACGUAGAGAGAGAGAGUGAGAGAGAGAGACUGACCGCCUCCAGAAGGGUGAGGACCGCUCGUGCCUCUCUUUCCUCUCCUGCUCGUGCCAAAAAAUAGAUAACUCCCCUUUAACCGGAUUGCUGUCUGACUGCGCGCGAGCCGGACAGACAUGGAGGCUCCGGGUCUCGGCCGCGGCGUCCCGGCGAGCCCGCGCGAGGGCCUCGUGAAGAACGUGAGCCUGGAGUUGCUCCAGCUGUGCGAGAGAGACGGUAAGGCGGAGGACAGUGGAGUAGUAGAGAUGGAGCUUCCAGUGCCUGUGAACAUCAGGAUCAGUAACAUCACCUGUGACUCCUUCAAGAUCUGCUGGGACAUGGACCCUCGUACCAAAGAGAAAAUCACCCACUACUUCAUCGACCUCAACAAGAAAGAGAACAAAAACUCCAACAAGUUUAAACACAAGGAUGUUCCCACAAAGCUGGUUGCCAAGGCAGUGCCGCUGCCGAUGACAGUGCGAGGCCAUUGGUUCCUGAGCCCGAGAACAGAGUACACGGUUGCUGUGCAAACCGCAUCCAAGCAGAGUGAUGGAGACUACGCUAUUUCUGAGUGGAGCGACAUUGUGGAGUUCUGCACUGCAGAUUACUCCACGGUCCAUUUGACUCAGCUACUUCAGAAGGCUGAGGUCAUUGCUGGCAGAAUGCUCCCUUUCACCGUCUUCUACCGCAAUCAGAACCAAGAGUACUUCGACCACUGCAGAGACUCACAGGGUGGUCGAAUGCUUCCAUCUGUGAAGGACAACAGUGGCAGCCAUGGCUCUCCUUUGAGUGGAAAGCUGGAGGGCAUCUUCUUCAGCUGCAACACCGAGUUUAACACGGGCCAGCCACCACAGGACUCGCCGUACGGUCGCUACCGCUUCCAGAUCCCGGCUGGGGAGCUUUUCACUGCAGACACACGGGCCUACUUUGGCGACUUCUACUGCAUGUAUACGGCCUACCACUACGUCAUCCUGGUCCUGGCACCGCGAGGCUCCCCAGGGGACAUCUACUGCAGCGAGCGCCUGCCUGAGCUCGACGUGACCGAUAACCGCUUCCUGACGCGCGUGUGUGGCCCAGACGGGCGCGUGGAGUUUCGGCAUGCACAAGACGUCAUCCUGGAGAUUAUCUACACAGAUCCUGUGGAGCUGGCACGGGGCAGCGUGGCUCAGAUCAGCGGACAUCAGCUCAUGAGCCUGUCCACCGUCAACGCAAAGAAAGAUCCAAGCUGCAAGGUCUGCAACAUUAGCGUGGGGCGCUAAUGUGGAAAGCUAGCGGACGCACACAAAAUUGAGCUGGACCUAAUGACACACCUCAAGAACUCUUAUCAUUACUCUAACAUUAGCAUGGACUAAGUCAUCACAACAUAAACAGAUUCAUCCCAAACACACUAACCAACUGUGUCCUCACCCUAGAAGCUGCAACAUUAGCAUGGGGCGCUACACAGGCUAGCACUCGUGCACACUCAAGCUGGACUUAUUAACCAGUUACCCUCAUGUCUAAACCUCUAACCUGGACUAACACAUCCACAUCAACUCUCAACAUAAACCUGCUAACUAACUGUAUCCAAACCUCAGAACACACAUAGACACACACACAUACACACAUAAGAGCGGCAAAAUUAGCAUAGGAUGCUAACAACACCAUUACUAUGAGGGACACUAAUACUGUAUCGCAGUCAUUCGCAAAAUUAGAAUGGACCUACUAACUAACUGUUUUCAAGAAAUCUGACCACACACAUCAUUAGAGCUGCAACACUGGUGAGAGAGGUACUAACUAUUAGUAUGCACUGCUAAUACUGCUUAAAACAAGGUUACAGAGUUUAUUAGCGCAGGCUACACUAAACAAAUGCAAACGUACUGUAAAUUAGAGGAAUUUAUUAGCCAAUUGUUGCAACUAUUUUUCCAAAUUUCUGCACAGUGCAUUCUCUUAAAUCCAAUAAUUUAAAGUCAUUUAGAGUACAUUUUGAUCCGAAAUUGUGGUUAAUUGUAGAGAAACAUGCCAACUCUUAAUUUCUUUACAGUGGUGGGGAAUGGAAAAGUGUGGUAUAACUACAACACAAAUAAAAUAUAGCUGUUUUAUUUAGCUAAGUUUUGAAGAUAUAAACUGCUGAUGUAAAAUAGUAAAAAAAUGAGAAAAACUGUCUGGUAAACUAUUGUUAACACCUGUUUUCCUGCAUGUCUCCCUACACCAUAAUUGGAUUUAAACAUACAGUACAUUCUAUACAUAACACAAGAAUCACAAAAAUACCCUGUUUACACCUGGUCUCUUCAUUGUACUAGUAUGUAAAUAGUACUCUGAUACAAUUUUAGUCACAUGUAUAUACACUUGGACAGGUCUCUGGUUAGUAGAACUGAAUCCUGAUUGCUGUAUUGGACAGAAUAUGCAAAUUUGCUUGCUGUGUAGCAGUUAUUACUGAUGCAUCUUAGAUCACCUGAAGUGAUUUAUUUAAAUGAUUGGUUUUGUAUCUGUUUUAAAUGUGCCUUGAGUGCGUUUAGACUUUUUCAGAUAUGCAGAAAGGGACCAGGUGUAAAUGGGAUUAAAGUACAAAAAAGGAUUCAGAUUUGGAACAUUUUAGGGCCUGUUCACACGCAAAACUUGGUGCUACAAAAUCUCAAUUUGGGCUGAGGACUCGAUACAAAGAAAAUGGGAGACUCUCAUCGUAAAGGGUGCUGCCUCCUCCAGCCUCCAGAAAUCGAAUCAUAAGCGCUCACAGGAGAUGCAUUUAAAAUACCAGGUAUGAAAGACUAUGAGUUUUGGCAGUAAUUUGUGAUCAGAUCAACCAGAACCCAUGUUAAUGCAGGAUAAUGAAUGGGGUUCUAGCCUCAGGCAUCAGGGAGUGCACUCUCAACCACUUGGUUUAAAAACUGGAGCUAUUAAAGGUUCAGACAUCUGUCUCCAUUCACCAUCACUGUAAACAAUUCUGAAUGGGAGUGUUUAAAAUCACAAAUUCUGGAAAAAAGAUGGAUUUUGGGAAUAUCAACCUGUUUUUUUUUUUGUGUAAAGAUGAAUACCUUAUCUAAAAUGAAACUUCAAUGUAAUUGCAAUUUUAAAAUCCCACACACACCUAAAACAUUUAACUUUAGCUUGGUUUGCUAGCCUUGGCUGUCAGAAGCUGACAUAUAACCUAAAUUUAUGUAAAUGUAGAGAUUUCACCUUUAUUAUAGCACAGCUACAAUUUGUUAUUAUUAAUAAAAUUUUAAGGAAAAAAUAUUAAUAUUAAGAAACACAACAGAAUAGAAACCUGAUUUCUGAUUUCUAACAUUACGCUACAUAACAUGGACCCACACACAGAAACACAGCUUGUUCAUGCUGAUGUUUUCCAACCCCCUUAAUUCUGCCACAUCCUCAAGACCCCCCUCCUGCUAGCUACCGGCUAUCCGGUUAGCUGUUUUGGUUCAGACUGCAAACCAACGCUGAAGAACUUCUGAAUGGACUCCAAAAGGAGAACACCAGUGAUGCCGUGGCCCAGAAAGUUUAUAAGAAGAGAAAUAAAUGAAGGACACCACACAUAUCAUUCCUGGAUGCUUCUGUUUCACAUUGUGUGUCUUAAUGGGCUCCAAGUCGAGGCCUUUAACCUACGGACGUUACUGAAGCCAACUGUUCCGUUCCUGCCUGCUCCCAAAAUCCUCUCUGCAAAAACGGAAAAGAAGUGAAGAAGAGUAGAAAGAAUGCAACUUUAAAACCAUCUUUUAUCACCCCUGUCCUGACUGUAAGCCACUUAUAUUCUUUAAAAAAAAAAGAGAAAAGAGAAGAAAGAAAACAGACAACCUGGAUCUGAAUAAAACUCAGCCUUAUCUGUUCAUCUUCACUACCUGCUUAAGUUUAACUCAGAUUUUAUCAGGUAAUAAUGUUUUUUUUCAAGCUUUAUCUGGAAACAAACAAACAAAAAAUAUUGAUUGAAGUCUCUCCAUUAUUAAUAUAGUGAAAAACAGGGCUUGCAGUAGAAUUCUACUUUGAUUCUGCUAAUUUCUUCCAUACUUUAGUGUAUGAGAUGUCAAUAGAGUCAUUCAGAGUGGAGGUUUGAUGUGAAACUGUGCUUUCAACAACACUAAUAUAGCCAUGGACUGCUGAAGCACUGCAGAAAAUGUCUUCUUAGCAAUCUUAGCAAGUGAAAUGGUAUUAAAUAUAGUCUCAUAAUAUCUAAUAUAUCUUAUUUUAAUACUUGUAGUAAUAUCCUAAGAAUCAAUGUGUUAUUUCUAAUUUUGCUUUUAGUGAUUUUACCUUCUAAACGAAUCUUAGUGCACUGGAAGGUAAUUGACUUUUUUUCAAGAAAUAACAUAUAUUUUAGUCUUGGUUAAGAAAUACAGUUUGAAACAAGCAAAAAGAUCUGCCAAUGGAAUAAGACACUUAGACAGUAGAUCAAAUUACUUAAAUCAAGCCAAAAUGUACACAAUACACAAAAUGGCUGUGUAAGAGAGAGAAAAAAACAGUGUACUUUUAGUGUUUAAGUGUAUAGUGUGAGUUUAUAUAUUUUGUCGAGGGUAAAACUGUGGUAAAUCUGAACCGUUGUUUCUGUUGUACAAUGCCCUGCAUGAUUCCAUUCAGCAGUUUAAUGAUAUGCAGUUUUAAAAUCACAUUAUAGGCCCAAGACUUUAGACCUCAGAAUUCUGGUAAAACUGUGUGUGAGGCAUCAGGCAGUUGGAUUAUUAACUAUUAGAGGUCAUUUUUUCUGUGAAGAAUAAAUAUAUACAGUUUUAGAGCUUCAGCCCUCUGCUUUCAUUCACCUCUACGGUCAAACAGAACAGUGUUUUACACCAAACCUCACUCAGAAUGACUGUUUACAACUUAAAGGGAGAAAUCCUGUGUCAAAUUCACUUGGUUUAUAGUGAAACAUGGUAACGAGUAUGAGCUUUUGUUGAAUAGCCCACCUCCUUUCUCCCCCAGUAUUCCCAAAUAUAGUGCUUUGAGCCGAUGCUCCCAGAAGGCUAACGAUGCUAGUAGUAAGGGUAUACCCAUGCAAAGAAAUCACUAUUUUUUACACCAUUAACAAACUCAAAGUAUCUCCACACUUGAUUAAGGCCUUGACAUUUAAAAUGAGGAACUGAACUAAAAUGAGAGCUUUGAAAGUGCACAGUUAGUUUAUUAAAACACUGUUUAUACACAGAGUUCAUUAAGACAGUUCUCCGGACGACGCCAUCUUGAAAUUAAUAUGAUGAUAAUUUGACUGAUGGGCACAAUUGAAUAGGUAAGAUAAGGGGAACAGAUAUUCAGUGAAAAAAGCAUGAAUAUUAAAAAUACUUUCAACAACUGUAACAGCUAAAAUUCAUGCACUCCUAUAGAGUUCAUUUCUGUUAAUGGUGUACAAAUAGUUAGCAUUGGUAA